ACCUCAACGCAUCCGUUUCCCAAAUCAAUUCCCGCUCCCUCAUUUCAAUACACCCUUUCCAUUCUCCCGCCAUUCCCAAUUCAUAAAACCCUAAAUCGAACCCCUAAUAUUCAAUUUCUUCAACAAAAUCAUCUCUUUUUUUCGCUUUCAAUUCCAACUAUUCCUAAAAUCACACCUCAAAAGGCAAAAAAGGAAUAAAAAGACCUAGAACAAGCUUCUCCUCUGUUCUUUUACCUUCCUUGUGCGGUGGUGAUUUUAAUUGUUGUCCUUCUUUCCCCCCGAUUUUGUAUUUAGGAUUUUAGAUGAAGGUUUUAGAACCUCAGGGUUUGGUUUUGUUUUAAUUUGAUAGAAAGACGAUAGAUAAUGAGUGCAGUGAAUCUUACUAACGUUACCGUACUAGAUAAUCCAGCGCCGUUUCCGUCUCCCUUUCAGUUCGAGAUCUCAUACGAGUGCUUAACUCCUCUUAAAGACGAUUUGGAAUGGAAACUAAUCUACGUGGGGUCUGCUGAGGAUGAAACAUAUGAUCAACUAUUGGAGAGUGUACUUGUUGGGCCUGUCAAUGUUGGAAAUUAUCGUUUUGUCUUACAGGCAAACCCACCAGAUCCAUCGAAGAUUCGUGAAGAAGAUAUCAUUGGUGUCACAGUACUUUUGUUGACAUGCUCUUAUUUAGGUCAGGAAUUUGUUCGAGUUGGCUACUAUGUGAACAAUGAUUAUGAAGAUGAGCAGCUUAGAGAGGAACCUCCACCUAAAGUGUUGAUUGAUAAGGUCCAAAGAAACAUCCUAUCUGAUAAACCCAGGGUUACAAAGUUCCCUAUCAAUUUUUAUCCUGAAAAUACUGAGGCAGCAGAGGAACCCCCUGCGAAUGAUCAACCUGCUAAAACUGAUGGAAAUGAAGAACAAUUGCCUGCUUCUCCGCAUCAUGCUUUAGAUAAAGAGGGACCUUGAAUUUUACAAUCAGCAUCAACUACUGACCUCCCAAGUUUCUCAUUCAGGUUUCACAUCAUCAGGGUCAUUUUAGGCGAUGCCUUCUGCCAUAUAUUUUGAUGUGAGGCACGUGUUGAACUUUUUUAGCUAGAAAGUGAGGAAGUGAUGGUUUGUAUACUGACUGGGGUUAACUGGCUGUUUUUUGGUUUUGUUUUUGUUUUUUGUCACUAAUACAGUUGAUUUGCUGAAGAUGGUCUUAGUUUGUGUAAAAUGAUAAUAUAAAUAGAUGCAUCUCAGGUUCAUCAAAAUUUUAUUUUCUCAA